AUAAGUAGUGAGCUAAACCGAGAUCAGAUAUUUGUCUUUUUUUGAUGAAAACUUCAUUUAUUGGGUGCUGCUGGGCCUCUAUGCGCUAAAAGGAUGUGUGCAUUAUGCUACUGAAUGCAUCAAGUUAAUGUGAUUGCUCCCUUUCCCAGAAAUGUUUUCUUCUUCUUCUACUCCUACUUUUUAAGGUUUAUCUUCCCUUCUUUCUCUUUUUGAGUUCAACAGGAAUGGAGACUUCCAGGGUGGGUUUCUGUUUAUUGCUUUGUACAAUUUUCAUGGUUGUUCCAGUUUCAAUAGGUCAGCUUACUUCAACCGAAACCAGGCUCCUUUUCCAAGUUCAAAAGCUUCUUGAAUACCCUGAGGUACUUCAAGGAUGGACAAAGUGGACCAACUUCUGUUAUCUCCCUCAUUCUCCUUCUCUCAAGAUUGUGUGUGCAAACAGUCGCGUGAUGGAGAUAACCAUCGUUGGAAACAGGAGCUCUCCAGCGAAUGUUGUUCCAGGUUCUGGACCACAGGGUUUGUCCGGCAAGUUUUCCAUGGAUUCAUUAUUCACUGUCCUAACCAAGUUUUCUAGUUUGAGAGUAUUGUCCCUGGUGUCCCUGGGGUUAUGGGGGCCCUUGCCUCCCAAGAUCAACAGGUUUCAUUCACUCCAAGCUCUCAACAUGACCUCUAAUUUCAUCUCCGGGAGGAUUCCUAAGCAGAUUGCAUCGUUCCAGAAUCUAACAAGUCUGGUUUUGGCUGACAAUCUGUUCAAUGGCAGCGUUCCAGAUCUUACAGGCUUACCACUCCUUAAAGUUGUGAAUUUGGGUGGCAACCUCCUUGGACCUCAGUUUCCUUCAUUAAGCCAAAGUCUAGUAAGCAUUACGUUGAGAAACAACUCAUUUAGAUCCCAGAUCCCUUCAGGACUGAAGAAAUUCAAUCAGCUCCAGAGGCUGGACAUCUCUUCUAAUAAACUUGUGGGACCACUACCAUCGUUUCUAUUCUCCUUGGCUUCAAUUCAGUAUCUUAAUUUGGCCCAAAACCAAUUAAGCGGAGCCCUUGCUUCCACUACAGACUGUAGUAACAACCUCUCCUUUGUAGAUAUCUCAAACAACCUUUUGAUAGGAAAACUCCCUUCAUGCAUCGGAUCAAACUCCAGAAACAAAACAGUCAUUAGUUCAUGGAAUUGUCUGUCUACUGGGAAUUCAAAUCGCCAACAUCCUUAUUCAUUUUGCAACAAAGAAGCAUUGGCUGUUAAGCCUGUGGAAAGCAAGGAGCAGGAGGAGCCUGGGAUCAACUUGGGCCUAAUACUCGGUAUCAUUGGAGGCGUUGUUGCCAUUGCAGGAGCUAUUGCUUUGUUGAUGUUUGUGAUUAUUCGAAGAUCACGAACAACUGAAGACGCAAAUUAUGAUGAAAGAUCCAUUGUAGACAAAAUGUCUGUUCGUAGCUCUCCCAAACCACCCAUUGAUUCAAGGCGUGUUCCACAGACGAUGAGAUCAGCUGCAAUUGGGCUUCCACGAUAUCGCGUUUUCAGCUUGGAAGAAAUUGAAGAUGCAACCAACAACUUUAACCCAUCAAAUUUUAUGGGGGAAGGAUCUCAAGGGCAGCUCUAUAAAGGUUGGCUUGUAGAUGGGUCAGUGGUGGUGGUAAAAUGUUUGAAACUACAGCAGAAGCAUGCACCUCAAAAUCUGAUGCAACACAUGGAAGUUUUGUCCAAGCUAAGGCAUCGUCAUUUGGUUAGCGUUCUGGGACACUGUAUUGUAACUUACCAGGAUCAUCCUAAUGUUGCCAGUACUGUGUUCGUUGUUUUUGAGCACAUUUCCAACGGAUCAUUGCGGGACCAUCUUACUGAUUGGAAAAAGAAGGAGAUACUGAAAUGGCCACAGAGAAUGGCAAUCACCAUUGGAGCUGCAAGAGGAGUUCAAUUCCUGCAUACAGGAAUUUCGCCUGGGAUUUACGGAAACGAUUUAAAGAUUGAUAAUAUUUUGUUGGAUGAGACUCUUACACCCAAAAUUAGUAAUUACAACAUCCCAUUGCCACUUAAGACAGGUUCGGAAAGCCCCCUCUCAAAUCGCCUUAGCAGUGAUGAAAAUGAGAAGGAAGACAUUUAUCAACUGGGAGUUCUGCUGCUACAGGCUAUUACCGGUAAACUGGUCACAUUCUCAAAUGAAUUGGAUGGGCUUAAACUUGAGCUGGAAAAGAGUUUAGCUGAAGGGCCAUCGAAGUUAAGAGGUGUGAUUGAUCCCUCAAUACGAGGCACUUUUGCAGAUGAAUCAAUGAAGACCACAGUUGAAUUCGCUAUAAAUUGCCUGUCCAAAGAUUCAACCAAACGCCCCUCGAUAGAAGACGUCCUUUGGAAUUUGCAAUAUUCGAUUCAAGUUCAGGAAGGAUGGGCCAGUAGUGGAAACCUCGCCACACAUAUGUAAUGUAAUUUCAUUGCGUUCUCAGCAACUAUAAUUUAUUAUCUUCUGUAACUUUACAGAUGUUGCCAAAAUAAAAUGUUAUCACUAUUUCAACUUGUA